AUGGUCGCUAUUCCAGGAGGAGUGUUCACAAUGGGCACUAAUGAGCCUGAAAUACAGCAAGAUGGAGAAUGGCCUGCUAGAAGAGUCCACGUUAACAGCUUCUACAUGGAUCAGUAUGAGGUCAGCAAUGAGGAGUUUGAGAGAUUUGUGAAUUCUACUGGGUACGUUACUGAGGCAGAGAAAUUUGGCGAUUCCUUUGUGUUUGAGGGAAUGCUGAGUGAAGAAGUGAAGGCUGGCAUCCACCAGGCAGUUGCAGCUGCUCCCUGGUGGUUGCCUGUGAAGGGAGCCAACUGGAAGCACCCCGAGGGUCCUGACUCUAAUAUCUCCAACAGAAUGGAUCAUCCAGUUCUUCAUGUUUCCUGGAAUGAUGCUGUGGCAUUCUGCACGUGGGCAGGGAAACGAUUACCAACUGAGGCUGAAUGGGAAUACAGCUGUCGGGGGGGCCUUGAAAAUAGACUUUUCCCAUGGGGCAACAAGCUUCAGCCAAAAGGUCAACAUUAUGCCAAUAUCUGGCAGGGAGUGUUCCCGACUAAUAACACCGCAGAAGAUGGAUACAGAGGAACUGCGCCUGUCACUGCAUUUCCUCCCAAUGGAUAUGGCUUGUACAACAUUGUAGGAAACGCCUGGGAAUGGACGUCUGACUGGUGGGCUGUUCAUCAUUCAACAGAAGAAGUUCACAACCCUAAAGGGCCCUCAUCGGGGACGGACAGAGUGAAGAAGGGUGGAUCCUAUAUGUGCCAUAAGUCUUACUGCUACAGGUAUCGCUGUGUGGCCCGUAGUCAAAACACUCCUGACAGCUCUGCUUCAAAUCUGGGAUUCCGCUGCGCAGCAGACACCUUGCCGGAGCUACCGUGACCAAAUGGGCUGUCGCACCGAGACGGGAAGGGCUGAAUUUCACCCAAGGAAGAAGAGAUGUGCGGAGCGUCACUUGCUGAUGACACAGAAUAGAAAAAUCUAGUGCUUGAACUUCCUGCGGGGGGCGUGGGGUGGAAAUCCAACGCUACUCAACAUUGCGUGAAGAACCUUCCUGUAUUUGUCCUUGGGGAAGCUGGCCUGGACUCUUAUCCUGACCAAACACUUUAUCGGUGAAUUCUGUUGGUGUUAGCAAGAGUAUUUUGGAGUUAACUAGCACAAAACCGAGCAGAAACAUGCCGAUUGUGUUUUAAAAGGUUAAUUAAUAGCUCCUUUAGACAAGAUCUUUAUUAAAUAGUUUUAUUUAUGUAUAGUUUGAAUUUCUGCACUCAAAUCCAAUCAACAAGGACUUUAUAAACUUCUAGACAGCUUUAAAAGAAAAUUGAAGGAGUUAAUUAGAGGUGAGGACUGGAAGACAGACAGCUAUCGCCAUGGGCAAUUAGUGCAGCCCCGCAGCUUGUAUUACAUUCCUGUUGCAGUGAAAAUCAGGUCCAGAAAUGUGUUUUCUGGUGAGAUACUUGCUCUUCUUUAGAAAGUGCCUUCUGCAACUGUGGGAUGAUAAUCCUCAGGGUGAUGAUGAUUAGAAAUGUGCAUAUUUGAAUAAAAUUUCAAGCAU